UAACCAACGCCAACGUUCCCCAGCGCCUUCCUCUCUAAAAAAAGGGCACCCCAGCCCUACCCCCCUCCAUCACAAAAGAUUAUAUUUCAAAGCUGCUUCCCUGAGCUAUUCGGAAUCCACCACCACCCAUCAACCAUGCCCGCUCCGUCCGUCUCCUUCUCCGCCGCCCUCGCUGCCCUCGCGCUGCUUCUCACCUCCGCUUCGGCUACCGACAGUAACGUUAUCGGAGGAGCGCUGUUCGCGUACGCAGGCCCUCAGGGUCCGAGCCACUGGGGGAGUUUGAGCCCGGAGUACUCGGCGUGCGCGAACGGGGAGCAUCAGUCGCCGGUGAACAUAGUGAGGAACGCGACGGUGCUGAACAAGAACCUCCAUGCCUUGACCAGAGACUAUCGCCCCGCCAACGCCACCCUCGUCAACAAUGGCUUCAACAUCGGGGUGCUUUACGAGCAAGAAGUGGGGACGCUGCUCGUGGAUGGCAAGAACUACAGCUUAAAGCAAAUGCAUUGGCAUUCUCCCUCCGAGCACCGAAUUGAUGGAAUCCAGUUCCCAGCUGAACUUCAUCUAGUCCACAAAUCGAACGACGGCGCCUUUGCCGUGGUGGCGAUCCUCUAUCAAUUCGGCGACCCCGAUCCCCUCAUCUCCAAGAUAAAGGACCAAUUGGAUGAGCUGGCCAAGGAUGCUUGCGGCGCCGACGAGGAGUCUCACAUUCCUCUGGGGAUCUUCAACCCCAAGCAAAUAAAGAGGAACACCCGCAAGUACUACCGGUACGUCGGGUCUCUCACGACUCCGCCGUGCACGGAGAGUGUCACCUGGAACGUCCUCGGCAAGGUGAGGACGAUAUCGAAAGAGCAGGUCGAAUCUCUCAAGGCCCCGCUGCCCACCGACGACAAAACCAAUUGCAGGCCACUUCAGCCGCUCAACGGCCGCCAAGUCCAGCUCUACGACGAGCUCAGCGACUAGUGAUCUGGUCAUCUAUCGCAUCGCCCGACUCGUUCAACUUGAUCAUUAUCAAAACACAGUGAGAUAGAGAGACAGAGAGACGUGGUUGAUCGAGCUGUAUCUGUCAUGUACCCACGUUCUUUAUAACUCAAAUUCGCUCAUAAUCUAAUCCUUUUCGU